CAGUGCUUAGGGGACCAUAUGUGAUGCAGGGGAUCAAAUGGUUGGUUGCGUGCCAGGCCAUCAUGAAGAAGCCACACGCCGCUGUGGGAAGUCGUUGCAGGAAGCAGGCGUCCAGCCAGGAGAGGAGGAAGAAAGAUGCCCUUCGAAGCAUCCGGGCAAAGUCUUCAACCCCUGAUGCAGACCUGGGCAAGCAGCAGAAGGCUUCUGUCUCUCCAUACCAUCUCUUCAGGGACCCAGCUGAGGUCACCAGCUUCCGGGAGCGUUUGCUGCGCUGGUAUGACCAAGAGAAGCGGGACCUACCCUGGAGAAGGAGGGCAGAGGUUGAGGUGGACCCCGACAGGCGGGCAUAUGCCGUGUGGGUGUCAGAGGUCAUGCUGCAGCAGACUCAGGUGGCCACUGUGACCGACUAUUAUACCCGGUGGAUGCAGAAGUGGCCGACACUGCAAGAUCUGGCCAGUGCUUCCCUGGAGGAGGUGAAUCAGCUCUGGGCUGGCCUGGGCUACUACUCGAGGGGCCGACGGCUUCAGGAAGGGGCCCUGAAGGUGGUCACAGAGCUGGGGGGCCACAUGCCACGCACAGCGGAGGCCCUGCAGCGAGCACUGCCCGGCGUGGGGCGGUACACAGCUGCCGCCAUCGCCUCCAUAGCCUUCGGCCAGGCAGCCGGUGUGGUGGAUGGCAACGUGAUCCGGGUGCUGUGCCGCGUCCGGGCCAUCGGUGCGGAUCCCAGCAGCACCACGGUGUCCCAGCAGCUCUGGAGCCUGGCCCAGCAGCUGGUGGACCCAGCCCGGCCCGGGGACUUUAACCAAGCUGCCAUGGAACUGGGGGCGACCGUGUGCACCCCACAGCGCCCGCUCUGUAGUCAGUGCCCCGUGCAGAGCUUGUGCCGGGCAUACCAGAGGGUGGAACUAAUGCAGCUCGCAGCCCCCCCUAGCCAGCCAGGUGGUCCUGAUGUGGAGGAGUGUGCGUCCAUCCCUGGGCAGUGUCUGCUGUGUGCGCCUCCCACGGAGCCCUGGGACCAGACCCUGGGCGUCGCCAACUUUCCCAGGAAGGCAAGUCGCAAGCCGCCCAGGGAGGAGUAUUCUGCCACCUGUGUUGUGGAGCAGCCCGGAGCUCCUGGGGGUGCCCGGAUUCUGCUCGUUCAGAGGCCUGACUCAGGGCUGCUGGCCGGACUAUGGGAGUUUCCAUCCGUGAGUGUGGAGCCCUCGAGGCCGGGGGAGCACCAGCGCCAGGCUCUGUUGCAAGAACUGCAGGAGUGGGCGGGGCCCCUGCCGGCCACCCGCCUCCAGCACCUGGGGCAGGUGGUGCAUACCUUCUCUCACAUCAAGCUGACUUACCACGUUUAUGGGCUGGCCCUGGAUGGGCAGGCCUCAGUGACCGUCACGACCCCCGGCGCUCGCUGGCUGACCCGGGAGGAGUUCCACACCGCCGCCGUCUCUACUGCCAUGAAAAAGGUGUUCCGUGUGUAUGAAGGCAAUCUGCCAGCAACCUGCAAGGGCUCUAAAAGACACCAGCUGUCCACUCCAUGCAACCGAAGAAAGCCCAGCCCAGGCCAGCAAGUCCUGGAUCAUUUCUUUCAGCCCCAGAACCACACUGAUGCACCCAGCCUUAAAAGUACUGCCCAGUGAUGUUUCUGGAUACCUCCAACUCCUGCAAACCCCGUUUUUA